AUUCAAAUUUCCCAUAUAAAAAUAUGUAUAUGUAUACACCGAGCACAAACCGGUCAAGUGUGUUUGGUGUUUCAUUUCUCAUAAUACGCAUGCCACCUUGCUAAGAUGACACGUUUAUAACACCCUAUUUAUUAGAGCAAUUAAUAAACUACAAACUUUCAUUCAAAAGGGACAUAAAAAUCCAAACCACACCACCUCACCUCACCGCAAAAACAAUAAUAAUAAUUUCCAGGAAAAAAAAAAACAGAAGUAAUUGAAAAACAUAGAGUUCACGUGACGAAGUGGUUUGGGGGCAGUAGCUGGCUGCAGCAAUAGCAGCAGCAGCAAAAUCAAAAAGCUAGAGUCAUUCAAACAAAUGACCAAUGGUCAAUCGUCACUACCGUCACUCCCUUACCCGUACAUUGCUUGAUUUAUUUUACUAUUAUUACUGUCUAGUCUUCUCUUUUCUUUUACUACUCUUUCCACUUCCCAAACUAUGGACCACCUUUUUUUUUUCUUACCCAAAUCAUCCCAACUCAAACACGCCAACCACAUUUAAUAUACAAAAAUAUAAUUUUAUUUUGAUAACAAUAAUAAUAAAUAUAGAGAGGCCCAAUCCCAAUUCCAAACCCACUCCCGAGACACAUACACACACAGUAGUCCAGGCCCCGGCCCAACUCGGUCCUUGUCCCCUGCAACUCAGACACCACCUACGUCCCCUCCACGUGGGGCGUCUUCUGACACCCUCUCACUCUAAAACCAAAACAUCUAAAACUCCCCUCCACUCUUAUAUCGACACGUCACUACCUCUCCUCCUGCCGCUUUUAUCGAACAUAUCCCGCACCCUUACACUUUUAUUUUUUUGUUUUUCUUUUUUAAUAAAGAAAUCAUAAAAUAUUACAUUUUUUAAUAUGGCAGGCGCCGCUGUGAGAGCGCCGUACAGAAAAUUAAAAUUAAAAAAAUAAAUAAAAAAGGAUAGAGAGUAGGGCUUACGUCACCCCACGGCGCCAAGAGUAGUCACAUGACAGUUCCCCCCUAAUCUCUGCGCAUACGUCUAAUCAGGCGGCGGCUCUGUUCCUUUUACUCGGGUCGGGGCCCCACUUUUUGUCUGACGUGUAUUCUCAAACUUCAUUCCACUACCGUCCGAUUAACCAUCGAUCCAUCCGACGUUUUUAUUAUUAUAUUUAUAUUUUAUUUUUAUAUUAUUUUCGGCUUUCUCAUUUUAAUCUUUUCAUUUAUAUUUCGUUUUUGCCUAUAUAUAUAAACCAAAAAGCCGUGCCGUCUAGCCGACGAUUACGGGUGACCGAGUUGGCUCUCUUUCUCUCUUUAUGCUUUUCUUGUUUUGUUUAUUUUUCUCUCUCCCCCUAUUUCACACCUCUUUUUCAUCUUACUCACUUUCAUAAAUUUUUAAUAUCUUACAAGCUUAUAGAUAAAUAUAACAACUCAAUGGCGUCUCCUUCUUCUUCUCGCGAAGGGCACUACAGGGGAGUGAGAAAGCGUCCUUGGGGUCGUUACGCAGCCGAAAUAAGAGACCCAUGGAAGAAAACUAGGGUUUGGUUAGGUACAUUUGAUACACCAGAAGAAGCUGCUCUCGCCUACGACGGAGCUGCCAGGUCACUCCGCGGUGCCAAGGCCAAAACUAAUUUUCCGCCGCCGGUAACAGCCGGUCUCUCGCUGGACCUCAACCUUCCGACCGGUACUCACUGGAGUUCCACGACCAACCGCCUUGUCAUUGGAGAGUUUUUACAUACAGGCGUGUUGAAGGACAUGAACUCCUCCACCGCAACGGCAGCCGAGUCGUCGUCCCACGGGGUUAGGCGCGAAAGUCACGGCUCAAACUCAGUCGGAGGCCUUAAUGCGUGCCCCGCUCCGGAACUCUCUGCAACGCCGUCGUUUUUGGGUCUUGUUAGGCGCGGCUGCCCCAUUGAUCUGAACGAACCUCCACCCUUAUGGCUAUAAAUUGUUAACAUUAGAAAGUAGAAAGUCCCAGUUUGUUAUUUUCGGGCAUGGUAUAUCUUAACGACGUCGUUUUAGUUCAGUGUAUGUAUCAGUGUUUGUGAUAUUUUGGAGAACUUGAUCAUCGGGAGCCUAGAUAUAUUAGUGUACAUCUACUACUUCUGCUUUAUGUAAAUACAUGCGUUUUCUUUAA